AUGUCUCAAGGUACUUUAUAUGUUAUGGAACAAUCUCCAAGAUCUUUCAUCUUGGCAGAUCUCGUUAAACAUUUCAAAUUGGAUGUUAAAAUCACUACUGAGAAGGAUGGUGCUUACAAUGCUAAAUUCCCAUUGGGUAAAACCCCAGCAUUUAUUGGACCAAAAGGUUAUGCAUUGACAGAAACUAUUGCUAUUGCUAGUUACUUGUUUUCCUUGGUUCCAAAGGAACAAUUGGGUGGUCUUUUGGGUAAGAAUGCUCAACAAUAUGCUUCAAUCAUGAAGUAUCUUUCUUUGUUUAAUCAAGAAUGGAUUGAAUCUGUUGUUCCCUGUUUUAAAAUGGCUAUUGGACAAUGGCCAUUCAACAAGAAGGUUAAUGAUGAAAAUUUGAAAAAAUUGGAUAUUUUGGCAACCAGUUUGGAAACUAGAUUGUCGGAAUUCACUUUUUUGGUUGGUGAAAGAUUAACUUAUGCUGAUUUGUUUGUUGCUGCUGCUUUAACUUUUGGAUUAUCAACUAUCCUCGGUGCUCCAUUUUUAAAAAAAUUCCCACACAUUGCUAGAUGGUUCAAUACUGUUUCUAAAGCACCAUUCUGGGAAGGUAGAUUGAGCACAUACAAGCCAGCUGAUCCACCAAUGGCUUUCACUCCAGCCAAGAAGGAAAAGAAGGAGAAAGCUCCUGCUGCUGCUGCUGCUGCUGCUGCACCAGCUAAGAAGGAAGCAAAAGCUGCCGAUGAAGAGCCAGCUCCUGCUGCUGCACCAAAGCCAAAGCACCCAUUGGAAGCUUUGGGUAAGCCAAAAGCUCCAUUGGAUGAGUGGAAGAGAACUUAUUCUAAUGAAGAAACCAGAGAAGUUGCCAUUCCAUGGUUUUGGAAAAACCAAUACGAUCCAGAAGAAUGGUCAUUGUGGAAAGUUGACUACAAAUACAAUGAUGAAUUGACUUUGACCUUCAUGUCCAACAACUUGAUUGGUGGAUUCUUCAACAGAUUAUCAGCAUCAACCAAAUACAUGUUUGGAUGUAUGGUUGUUUAUGGUGAAAACAACAACAAUGGUAUUACUGGAGCCUUUUUGGUUAGAGGUCAAGAUUACGCUCCAGCAUUUGAUGUUGCUCCAGAUUGGGAAUCAUACGAAUUCACCAAAUUGGAUGCUUCAAAAGAUGAAGAUAAAAAGUUCUUUGACAACAUGCUUGCCUGGGAUGAACCAGUUGUUGUCAAUGGUGAAAAGAGAGAAAUUUCUGACGGUAAAGUGUUUAAAUAA